AUGGCCGACCCCUUAAGUGAUCUGCUGAAGAAAUUCUGGGAACAAGAAGAAGUGUCAGGAGCCCAGACACAGACGGAUGAAGACACUAUCUGCGAGGACCUCUAUCGAAAUACCACUUACCGGAGAAAUGACGGUCGAUAUGUGGUAAAAAUCCCCUUCAAACCGGAAUUUCCCAACUCGAUGGAUUUAGGACACUCAAGACUCUCAGCUCAGCAGCAAUACAUCAGCAUCGAACCAAACCUGGAGAAAAAACCGGAUCUCCAAAAAAUCUAUGCAGAGGUCCUAGAAGAAUACCAAACACUCGAUCAUAUGGAGCGAGUGAAUUCCCAAGAAAUCAUACGGGACGGCAAAUACUUCUCAUUCUUUCUGCCACAUCACGCAGUUAUAAAACCCGAUAGUAAAACCACUAAAGUCCGAGUGGUAUUCAACGCGUCUAAACUCUCUCACUCAGGUCUCUCCCUAAACGACGUACUGCAUACAGGCCGCAUACUGCAAAACGAUCUUUUGCUCGUAAUAAUCAGGUGGCGGUUAUAUAAGUAUGUUUUUAACGGCGAUAUUGAAUAA